AUGAACGAAGAAUACCCAGAGGUGGACCCAGGGAUCUUUGAGGACCGCAAAUCGCUUUCGUUGGUUUGUUCAGCGUGGCGCGCCAUGGUCAUCGAAAUAGUGGCCGAAUACAUCGUCAUCUACUCUGGCAAAGAACUCACCGCGAUUCUCAAGCAAUUCGAGGCCAGCAAAACCUCAGGUGGAAAAGGCUUGGGUGAUUGGACUCGUCGCAUCGAUCUUAAAAUCCUUGGUUCCUAUUCAGUCCAACAUGUUGUUCGCCUCCUCCGAUGCACGCCCAAUCUCGUCAUUUAUGUCAACAAGAAUGGGCUUAUCACUUCUCCGGAAAAACGUGCACCCCCGGAAAUCCUUCACGCACUCGUUAAACACUGCGGUCCCAGCCUCCGUCGGAUUGAAUGGAGCGGACCAGGGGAGGCACCCACCUACACUGACCUCCUUGAUAUAUCCCAAGGAGUAUCUAAUCUCGAAACGCUACGCCUCCUUUGUAUAUACUCCUACCCCACACGCAAAGAUGGCAGACUUCCUCUACUCAUCUUCCCAAAACUCAAAACGCUAUCACUGGGCUUGAUCCCUGAACCCAGCAAUACUCAUGUAGACAAUCCCACACAACACCAACACUACCCAAUAACAUGGGAUCCCCUUUUCGCAUACCUCACUCUCAACCCAACCCAGCUGCCUUCUCUCGAACGGCUGGAAACCGACAUUUUCCCGAUUGCCACAAUAUCCUUCUUCAGCAUGCAUGGCGAAAAACUCCGCCUUUUCCGCACGACUACCUGGUCUGCGGAGUCCGUGCUUCCUGACGCACUCGCCCUCUGUCCUAAACUUCAGAGCCUCGUGUUAUCGCAUAGCAGCGAUCCAUUGGCUUUCCCUCCCUUCCACCCAUCAAUCACCCGGAUAUGUAUCCUACCAUCUGUAGAGGAACAUGUCCGGGUGCCUCAGCGGGUAUUCACGUUUGCUGUACUGGCGCCUUUGGAUGCCCUGUUGAUGUCUGUUGAGAACAUGGUUGCGCCGGGGUUGGUGGAGCUGAGGAUAAGAAACGUGGGCGCGUUCGUGGACCUCGUUGAUCAUUCGGGAUGGCUUCGGGCUUGGUGGAGGAGGUGGAAUCUCCGUGGUGUUCAUUUCCGAGACAAAACUGGGAAAUCAUUCGAGAACAUAGCCGAUGAGGAUGAACUUUUACUUGACCUCGUCCGAGAAUGA